UGUUGAACUCGCGUUUUAUCGUACACACCAAACGAUGCUUAAAAGGUUAAAACGCUGAUUUUGCCUUGUAUCAGAGAUUUUUGGGGGCAACGGAGAAAUUUUUGUUUUUUAGGGCUUUUUUUUUUUCUUUCUUUCUUUUUGGGUUAUCAUCGUCGUCUCAGAUCCUUCUUAAAGGAACAAUCUUAUUUUGUUCUUAGAUUCUUUCACUCUCGUCUUUUGAUCUCUUCAAGUUUUGGUGUCGCCGUCGUUCUCGUUUCAACCUUUUUUCCGAUCUUCAAUCAAUCACCCGCGUCUGUCCCGACUUGGAUUUUAUUUCCGAUCAGAUAGAUAAAAUUUGAGAUUAGGUGGUAAAAAUAUUUUAAAAUUUGGUUGGGUGUUUUGGUUUGGUUUGAUGAUGUUGACACGAACUGUUGGGGUGUGAAGAGUAGUAAGGAAGUGAAAGUGUAUAAGCAACAAAGAAGAAUAUAAUGAACCUUUACAUUCGCCGCGAAGCUUCCAAGCUAUGGAAGAGGUUGUGUUCGGAAAUCACGACAGAGAUUGGUCUCCUUGCUGAGAAUUGGAAAUACCUUCUUGCUGGUCUUCUCUGUCAGUAUAUUCAUGGUUUAGCUGCUAGGGGAGUUCAUUAUAUUCACCGGCCAGGACCAACGCUUCAAGAUUCCGGCUUCUUUGUUCUUCCGGAGCUUGGUCAAGAUAAAGGCUACAUAAGUGAAACUGUCUUCACUUGUGUAUUUGUUUCAUUUUUCCUGUGGACUUUCCAUCCUUUCAUUGUGGAAAGCAAGAAGAUUUACACUGUGUUGAUAUGGUGCAGGGUUCUCGCCUUCUUAGUUGCUUGUCAGUUUCUCCGUGUCAUAACAUUCUAUUCGACGCAGCUUCCUGGCCCUAACUAUCACUGUCGAGAGGGUUCUGAGCUUGCCAGGUUGCCAAGGCCACACAACGUUCUUGAGGUGCUCUUGCUUAACUUUCCUCGUGGGGUGAUAUACGGAUGUGGAGACCUGAUUUUCUCAUCGCACAUGAUAUUCACACUAGUCUUUGUCCGCACUUACCAGAAAUACGGUUCUAAAAGGUUCAUAAAGCUGUUAGGUUGGGUCAUUGCCAUUUUGCAAAGCCUCUUGAUUAUUGCGUCCCGUAAACAUUACACAGUCGAUGUGGUUGUUGCGUGGUAUACUGUGAACUUAGUUGUCUUCUUUCUCGACAACAAAUUACCAGAACUGCCUGAUCGAACAACGGUGUUGCUCCCUGUCGUCUCAAAAGAUAGAACCAAAGAAGAGAAUCACAAACUCUUGAAUGGGAACGGUGUUGAUCCAGCAGAUUGGAGACCGAGGGCUCAAGUGAAUGGCAAAGACAGCAGUGGAGGUCACACUGAUAACAAUACCAAUGGCGCAUGAGAGCUCAGUAUUAUGGGUUGUUGAUCAUUGGUAAAUUUGAUGAUAUCACUAUUGAUUCAGAAGAGAGCACGAUGGAGUUUGUAUAUUCCCAGUUCCUUGCUUGUCAAGUAAUCUGAUGUUUGUUAGGGAUCUUACACUUUUGAUAAAUGAUGAAAAUAUAACCAAAAACACCAAUGUAGCCAUUUUAGGUUUCAUCAACGUUUACUUAGAUAUACAACCAACUGCCUAUUUUGGACGAUGACUAUACCUACUAUCUAAUUAGAAUGUGGGACAGUUUUUGUUGUGUUGUCUAUAGUUAUAAAACAUUCUAUCGCUAUUUUGUAA